CGGCAGGCACCUCCACGUGGUGCAGAGCGUGAGUACUCUAGCGGCUCGCUAGACGAAACCGAGUCCUCGCCUUGAUAAGCUUCGUUCUACACCUUUGAACGCAUGUAUCGACAUUUGCCAAAGUGCUUCAUGGUGACGAGGAUAUACAAAGACAUUUAGUCAGUACACCGAUUCGAGGCACCAAGUCGAGACCUUCGUACCAUGGUCACCAAUUCAACUUUUUGUUCGAGUAACACCGCUCGUCUUUGUAAGACACUUGGCACUCGUUCACCGGUCUCGUCAAAUAUGCGAAGCAGUGACUUUCUUCUGCGUCGUUGUCGACCUCGUCGUCCUGAUCUUCACAGCUCCGAAAAAAGAUCAGACCAAGGCCGAUCCUUGUGACCGCCUCACGAUCGGCUCGUCAUACACAAGGUCUCGAUGAGCAUGGCGGUAGACAAUGAUAACAGAUCCCGAUAUAAAGAGGAUGUUUACUACAGCAUGUGCAGUUUUGGUGGCAUCAGCACACAUGUUCGGCCAGCACCCGGACAAUGUCAGCGUGGAGGGCGCUUUGCCACCAACGACCGAUCUCAAUCAGUCAUUCACAGUCCAGUACCUCCCGGUCCAAGAUUGCAGCCUGUUCUACGAUGACAAUUCUCUAUUCCAAUUAAGUUGACCUCCCACAGAAGACCUUUGCACAAGAAUACCGAAAGCCAGUCGCUUGGACCUAAUGUCGAAUUUCUUCACCAUCACCUGUAGGAGGCGCAAAAGAUGCAGUACGUACAGUCCGUGUACUGUGGUCCGCAUACGCAUAAGAUGGAGGCGUUACAUCAGGCGGACUCCAGUCUCUCCAAGACUUUGACCAAGCGCUUACAAUUCUCAAAGUCUUCCACGGUCCUCUCUAACGGGAGUGACGCUUUGGCACCUAGUGGGAGUCUCACCGUCCAGCACAAGAUCUUGCCCCUGCCUCGACUUCGUGAAUGGAUGGCGUGCGUCCUUUUGAAGGCCGAGAAGGUCGUGGGACGGCGUUACUCCACCUCCCAGACCGGCUCUCGCUCAAGAGGUACGACCCGGUCCAUUUUAAAGAAGCCUUCCAGGACCACAGUUGUUGACAUUCCGUGUAGGAAGAAAUCCGUCCUGGUGUGGCGGGUGGAAGCGCAUCUUCGAGGAGAUAUGCACACAGCCUGUCAGGGCCUUCCACAGUCCCGCUGGUGGGCCUCCUGUGUCACAGAGAAGCAACGCUACGAGAGGGACAAAGUCAUUGUCGUUGAGGAGAGGUAGAAGGAGAACGAAUGAGCCGAAUUCGAAAGAAGCAAUAGGGACCUAACCAAAACCAGCUAUAAAGUCCUGUUCUCUGUCGUUGAGACCUCGGUGGUCUCCAGGACAUAUUGCUCCGUUUACUCAGCAGGCGUAAGAGAUGCAGUACAUGACCGGGUGUGCCGGUCUUUUCAUUACACACAACCAAUAUCCCGGGCGAUAUGCCAACUUAACCUAACCCAGACGCAAGAGAUGCAGUACAUAUUCGGCCUGGGUUGCCGGUGUGCCGGAGUGCUCUCGAUUGCUUAACACAAUAAACUAUUGUUCUGACGCUGAAGGGCUCCAUGACGCCAACGGCUAACCAAAUCCACACCGAACUGGGUCCAUAGCCAGGAGUUCCCUGGCGCAAGAGAUACAGUACAUACAUCCCUUGGUCUGUUCUGCUACUGAUUUACACGAUUCAUCUACACAUACACACUGUAUCUAGUGAGUUGGUGCCGGGCAAGACCACGUGAACUGCCUCGGACUGAGCCCGAGGUCCGGGCUAAUGACCGAGCCUUCUCAUUGGUCAGUCUUGCUAGUGACUCCCUCUCAUUGGUCAGUUGUCAACCUCCCCUGAAUACUUCGAGCAAAGCGAUAUUCAAGAUGAGUUCGUGUGAGAAAACUCCUCCCAAAUCAAGCAUCAAUCUUAGAGAUGAGGGUGACUGGGACAGCUGGAUACGUCAAAUCGAGGGCGUGGCAGUCACCAGAGACAUUUAAUCGACGAUAAACCCUCAGAACCUGACUAAACUCCGCAUUCCAAGCUGGAGCGACCAGUCCGACCAACAGACCCAACACUCGAGCAAUCCGCGAGAUUCAAUAUGGAUAUGCAAGAAUAUAUCACUAAGAGCAAAAGGAGUAGAGAGCAAGCAAAGGCUUUCGAGAAAAUCAAUGAUCUCAUCGAUUCAACAGUUGACCCAAGGCUCCUGGCAAGCCGAAGUGCAUCAUCAACGUUUACAAACACUAAUUUCUAUUCCUGGCUGUCGCGAGCCCGUUCCCACAGACCAGACCGGGCUGGAUGCCCCACUUCCCACACGCAAGAGAUGC